AUGCAUCCAGUUCUCGAAAGUCAGGACAUCCAGAAAGAGAUCUUCCGGCACCUCCAAGUCGAUGGCGAAUCACGAUGGCAGGAUGUCGAGGAGAGGAAGUUGCAGAGACAGACCCUUCUGAACGCAGCCUUGAGCGGACGUACAUUCAAGGAACAGGCGCUUGCCGCUCUUUGGUAUUGCCUCACGGACAUCUAUUGUUUGUUAAAACUCAUUCCUGCUUCGUGUCAACUCCACGUCCAACCCUUUGGAGUGUCAGAAUGGGUCUUGAUGGAGCCUCUAAAGGAUGAAUCCUUCACUCGACUCAAUGUUUACGCUCCCCUCGUUCGCCAUCUGUGCUAUACCGAACCCCACGACAUCAAUCCCACUACGAUCACGCAGCUUUCCGACUUUCUGCAGGGAAAACCCCUGCUUCCUAAUCUCAAGUUCCUUUUGGCGUGGCCCACGCGCUCGAAUGAGGCCAUCCUGUUCCUAUCGCCUUCUCUCAGAAGGAUAUACGUCAACCACCCCUGGACAGACGUCGACGCGCUCUCUCCUGCAGCCUGGCACUUCAUCGCGACGAUCCCACAACGUGCACCUUUUGUCGACGACCUGGAGAUCUUAGCAUAUGCCCCGCAGUCUUCUUGGGAACGAUUGGCUUCUUUAAAGCACCUCAGGUGGCUCCAAGUAGUAUUGCCACGCAACGAGGGUCUCGACAUAUUCGCCGUUUUCGACCAAUUGGGACGGAUACCCACAUUGGAGCUUUUCCAUAUCGUCUCGACAGGACCUGGCGUAAUUUCCCGGCCACGAAAGCCCGUCGAACCCGUCGGCGUACGGUGGGCAUUUCCCGUGCUUCAAGAUUUCAGUUUCAUUGGGGGAUUGCGCGAGAUGACCGAGUUGUUGAAGCGAACCCGAUCGGAGAGGGUAUUGAAAGUGGCCUAUGGCUACGCGUAUCGAUCGACGGAUGAACCAAACGAUGCACAAGAGCGCGAGGAGUGGGACGCAGUUAUUACUUCUCUCGUUCGCCAAUACCCCACUACUUGCACUGACCUAUUAUUCUUCGAUGAAACGGCACCCGACCAGGCAUUGAGUCCCACGAUCGACGUUCGUUCACUGCGUCUUCUCGAAGGCCUUUCCAAUCUCACUUACCUCAGCUUCGAGGGUAUUCCUUGCUUGAACAUCACUGACAGAGAUGUGGAUUCAAUGGCCAGGGCGUGGCCUCGACUGGUCACAUUUUCCCUUUCGAGCAUCAACGGAAGUGAGCCCAAUGGCGACCUUUCCCUCGCCUCCAUGCACUCGCUCGCCAGACAUUGCCCGAAGCUGAAGAACCUCUCCCUCGGCGUCCAACAUGCGACAAUGCCCAGAGAUCACCAGCACAACACCUUGGACAGUCCGAGUCAACUCGAGGAGUUUCUAUUUGCAUCUCGGAUUGUUGGGAGUGCGGAGGAAUUGGCGUUGAGCGUCAGGAUGAUAUUUCCUCGCUUGAAGAAGAUUUCCUCCUGGGACACUAAAUGCCAUGGAUAUUUGGGGGGAUGGAAUGCAUUCAAGGGACAUUGCGAAGACAUGGUGGCGGAAUACUUGGCUCGGUGA